UGGAAAUAUGAAUUUUAAUAAUCCCAGUGUUUAUUUUGUUCUUGUAGUUAUUUUGGCACUAAGAUGUGCUACUGCAAAGGCUGAGGCAUUUUUUGUGUUCGGAGACUCUUUGGUCGACAUCGGUAACAACAAUUUCUUGGUCACUACGGCUCGGGCGGACAUGCCACCAUAUGGGAUUGACUACCCGACUCACUCGGCAACUGGACGCUUCUCUAAUGGCCUUAACAUUGCUGACCUAAUCAGUGAAAAGUUGGGCUGGGAACCCCUAAUGCCAUGCUUACAUCCAAAUCUUACAGGGAAAAAACUACUUGUUGGAGCCAACUUUGCUUCUGCUGGGGUUGGCAUACUUGAUGACACUGGUUUCCAAUUUGUAAACAUGAUUCGAAUUUACGAUCAGCUGAAUUAUUUUCAACAAUAUCAGAAGAAUGUUAAAGCACUUAUUGGAGAAGGUCCAACUGAGAAACUCAUAAAUGAAUCGCUAGUUCUCAUUACAUUAGGAGGCAAUGAUUUUGUGAACAACUAUUACUUGAUGCCCCUUACUCUAAGGUCUCUCCAAUUUGAACUUCGACCAUAUGUGGCCUUUCUCAUUGUUGAGUACAAAAAAAUUUUACAGAGACUCUAUGAGCUCGGUGCUCGUAGGAUUCUAGUGACAGGGACGGGGCCUAUAGGGUGUACACCGGCAGAAUUGGCAUUGCAUAGUAAGACAGGAGAAUGUGCAGAAGAGUUGCAAUUUGCAGCAUCACUCUUCAACUCGCAAUUGGUUCUAAUGAUUGAUCAACUCAACAAAAAGAUUGGAUAUGAUGUUUUCGUAGCAGUAAAUACCAAUGCAAUGCACAUGGAAUACUUUAUCAAUCCUCAAGCUUUUGGAUUUAAGGAAUCGAAGACAGCCUGUUGUGGGCAAGGACCUUACAAUGGAUUCGGGCUUUGCACGGUGUUCUCCAACAUAUGCGAUAACAGAGAUGACUAUGUCUUUUGGGAUCCAUUCCAUCCAUCAGAAAGGGCCAACAGACUGAUUGUAGAACAGAUCUUCAAUGGCUCUAGAACUCACAUGUACCCAAAGAACCUCAACACCAUAAUGGCUUUGGAUUCCAGGGUUUGAUCUUGGCAAACACAAAUUAGUGACAUGUUUGGAAACUUGGAAUUGAGGUAUAUGGAUUGAAAUUUAAGGAGAAGUAUUUUCUUUUUCUUUAAUUCAAUUCCGGAGUCUUAAUUCCAUGAGUCCAAAUGUGGCUUCAGAGUUCAUUCACCUUCGCUAGUAUUGUAUGUUUAUACCAUUACUUGUAUUUUCUCAAAUGAGCCGACAUUCUCGUCGAAUA